AUGAAGCUCAGCGCUCUCCUUGUCUUGGGCGUCAGCUCUUUGGCUGCUGCUGCCCCUCGCCCUGCUGCCGCCGCCUGUGAUUGCAGUGCUGCCGUCACCGACCGUCUGCUCUUCAGCACAUCUAUCUCUGCCUUCCAAACUGCUCGCAAUGCCCAAAACCCACCAUGCUGCGACUGGAGCUCAGACAACUGCUCUAGCUCCCCCGACAAGCCACGAGGAUACGACUUUAUCCCAUCCUGCCAACGCCAUGACUAUGGAUACCGCAACGGAAAGAGACUAAAUCGUUUCACUGAGGACUACCGAAAGAAGGUUGACGACAACUUCAAGGCUGAUUUGUACAACUACUGCAGCCAGUUCUCCGGUCUUGAAAGCUGGAAGGGUGUUGAGUGCCGCCGAUAUGCUGAUAUCUACUACUUUGCCGUCCGAGAAUGCGGUGAUGGAGACUGCCCUUGA